AUGAGAGGCUUCCCCCCCCGCCUCCCCGUUAAUCCUGGGGCCGGGCCCAACCACCCCCUAGUCCACCCUUCAGAAGAGCACUCGUACAGCCUAUUUGAAACAGACAGGACAAACAACAGUAACAGUGGCAUUAGCAGCACCAGAGGCGGGUUUGAGGAUGCAGAAACAGGUUGGGAGGAGCGUGAAGAGGAGUUGUUGGUCAGCUUGCCUCCGCCGUCCCGCAGCACUUUCUGGAUGCAUUUGAUUCAUCUAAAGGCGCUAUGCGUGCGUUGUAUCGGUAAACUGUUCACUUCUGUGUUUUGCCGUUGGUGUCGUUCUCUUCAAGCACUGGACAGCAGCAAAUUAUGUCCACUAAAGAACUUCCGCUGCCAGCCCUUCAAGGUUGGCGGUGCGGCUCUUCUUCUUGUGUUACUGGGAGCUCGUCUCUGGCGCCUGCGUGGGGGUCGCCGGAUGAUUUCCAAUGUCUCAUCACGAGGGCCUGAAGUGGUGCCUGUUCAUUCGGGUUGGCAUGCAACAAGGGAUCGAACAGCCCACGGGCCUUUGCUGUGGCGGCUGUUUUUUUUCUGGAGGCUUUGGAGAUGGCCGCGAACGUCUGCUGCUACUGAAGAGCCUUUCUCUCGAGUACUUGAUCUGGUGGGGAGAAACGCUGUGAAAGAAGUUCAUUUUGGCCCAGGAUCGCGUUUGUUGCUGGAAUUAAAGGACAAAAAGAAAGUUGUCUCAUCUCUGGUGCCAGGGGCAGAAGCUGCUUUUUUCCAGGCUGUCUCUUCGCGAGUCCCGCGCUUCAAAGCAGUGCACGGGGGAGGCCUCCUGCCUGCCGUUGCUUCAUUCGUUGCGCCUCUGGCGCUGAUGGGAUUAUGGUUCCGGCUGCUUCGGGGACUGCUGUUGCUGCAGCAGCCAACUCGCGACAGCGGGACGGAGCGAGAAGCAGCAGGGGCCCCUCCUCCGACGCGUUUUGAUGAAGUUAUCUCUCGGCAGAAAGAAGAGUUGCAGGAGAUCGUGUGUUUGCUGAACGGUAAGCACGGGCUGUACAAUUCCAUGGGGGCACGGCUGCCUCGUGGUGUCCUUCUGGUAGGCCCAGCAGGGACAGGGAAGACCUUGUUAGCUCGUGCGGUUGCAGGCGAGACGCAGGCCGCUUUCCUUUCGGCUGCGGCUUCGGAAUUUACUGACAUAUUCGUGGGGCAAGGAGCUCGCCGCGUUCGAGAGUUGUUUAGAGAUGCGAGGGAAAGAGCGCCGUGUGUUGUGUUCAUUGACGAGCUGGAUGCCUUGGGCUGCCGCAGCGGCUGCCUCGAAGGCGCACAAGCCACAAACCAAGAGUACAUUCAAACUAUUAAUCAACUGCUAGCAGAGAUCGACGGUGUGAUGGGCGCAGCAGCAGGCGUCGUUCUAAUUGCUGCAACAAACAGGCUCGAAGCCAUCGACCCCGCCCUUCUCCGCUCAGGGCGCUUUGACCGCCUCAUUCACUUGACGCUGCCUGACGAAGACGAACGCCUGGAGAUUCUUCAGCUGCAUGCAACUCUCAAGAAACUGAGCCUCAGCAGCGCAGCACGCAGACAUCUGAAACAGGUUGCUGCAGCAGCGGAAGGACUGAGCGGCGCCGACCUUGAAAACCUCCUCAACGAGAGCGUCUUCAAAGCAGUACGCAAAGGUAAAACCCAAGUUGAUGAAGAGGCCCUCAACGAGGCCCUCAUUACUCUGUUGCAACGCAUUCAACAGGCGAGACCGCCUAACGAACGCCUCGGAUUUAGCGGCAUCUUAGGCUGUCCUGUUUAA